AAAUGAACAAUCCCGAACAACAAAGCAAGAUUAUUUUCCGUCCUUUGAAGGCCCAAUACUUGACGACGCGAGAUCCGGUCCAAAUAAUAAAACAGAGAAAGCGGCUCUCAAUAAUAGGGUUUUCUUCCUCUCUCUCUCUCCAAAACUAAACAUCCAAGGCGAUUGAUUCUGUCGUGUGGCGGGGCGAUCAGCAAACGCAGGGGCGGAAGAACGGCGGAGAUGACUUCCAAGAUUAUGCUGAAGCCAAAGGGGAAGGCCGCCAAGAAGAUCGCAGUGACAUCGGAGGACGAAGACGGAGGAGCGGUGGCGGCGGUGUCCAAAUUCGUGAAGGUGUGGGGCACGUGGACUGCGAAGAAGGCCAAAGUCGUAGCCCAUUACGGCUUCAUCCCCUUAAUCAUCAUCAUCGGCAUGAACUCCGAGCCCAAACCCUCUCUCUCUCAGCUCCUUUCUCCCGUCUGAACAAUCCAUCCGCAGUAAUGAAGUACUAUGCCCUGAUCUUCUUCACUUUCCAUUAGUCGAUUUCACAGUUUCUAUUAGCCAUAUGUUGAGAGCUGAUACUUUUAUCUCGUCCUUUUUUUUGAUGUGGUUCAGUGAGAUGCCAACUUCUUAAAAACCUGUUUAUACUUCCUGCUUUUAAGAACACCAUAUCUACUCAAUAAUUAGAAUUGUUUUUUGUUCGGAUCAUUGUUGUGUUCAUACUUUCUUGCUUUCAAGUUAUUGUAUAUCAAUGGCAAUUCUCUAGCUUGCAUAUGAAGUUUAUUUAUCGCAGCAUCCAUCGGUUCAUUGUGCUCUUCCUUUGAAUUUUUCCGUUUCCCAGUUCUUGAAAAAAAGAGGGGAACCGACAAUCCACUGCGACAAUCCAAAUCCCCAAAUCUCCAGGUGAAGAAACCAGACAAUGAAGGGAUAGUUAAGAAAGCUAUUGCCAUUAUGUUUGCUUAACCAAUGCCCCAAAAUUAAUAUGGAGGAAAUAG